CACGUCUCGUACCAAACCAGGAAGUCAUCUGCACAGUUGCGCCUGACGCCACGGAAAGAGCAGGAAACACUUCAAAGUCAACAUCACAAACUUUCUUCAAGAAAGCUCCAUGACGAGACUUGGUGGGAUUUCUUUGCCAUAGGCUUGUCUUUCCAUCGCAGACAGUGGGAAGCGUUUAGUGAAGUCAGUGAAGCACACAAACAGUUGGUAGGCAAACAUCUCUGGAGAUGGUGGACACCACAGUGGCUCACGUGGGCAAGAAUCUGAGUGAUGCCAUGAGGAUCUUAGGAGAUGGACAAAGAGGAAUGGAGGAGAAAACAGAGGGCUCAAUCUUCAGUAGAACAAGCAUACCUGGUCCCCUGCAGGAAGCUGGUCAGGAUGUUGCCACCAUACUGCACCUUAUUCACAGCCUCAUCCAUGAAGAGGAGGAGGGAGAAGACAAACCAAACCCACAUAGGAUGCAGAAUGUGGGUGAGCAGGGUCACAUGGCACUGCUAGGCCACAGUCUGGCAGCCUACGUCUCAGUGCUGGACAGAGAGAGGCUGAGGAAGCUGACCACUCGGAUCCUGUCUGAUACCACACUGUGGCUCUGUAGACUGUUCAGAUAUGAGAAUGGUUCAGCUUACUUCCAUGAAGAUGACAGAGAAGGCCUGGUCAAUGUAUGUCGACUGGUCAUCAAUGCUUGCUAUGAUGAUUAUGCCUCUGAGGGCUAUGCUGUCCUCAGCUCAAAGCAGCCAGUCAUCUACCAAAGCGCAUCAAGCAGACCUGGGUUGGGACAGCAUCUGUGCAACCAACUUGGCCUACCUCUCUCCAGUUUGUGCACAGUCCCAUGUAACACCCUCUUUGGAUCACAACAUCAAAUGGAUAUUGCACUAUUGGACAAGCUAAUCAAAGAGGACGUGGAAAGUGGGAAGUUUCCUUUGUUGUUAAUAGCCAAUGCAGGUACCCAUUUGGCGGGUCACACUGAUAAGUUGGGGCGCCUUAGGGACUUGUGUGAUCAGUACAAAAUGUGGCUCCAUGUGGAGGGUAUCAACCUGGCGACACUGGUGCUGGGUGAGGCCAGCUCUGCUGUUAUGGCAGCAACAAGAAGUGACAGUAUGACGCUCACGCCAGGCCCGUGGCUAGGACUGCCUGCUGUGACUGCUGUUACUCUCUACAGACACGAAGAUCCAGCACUGUCUCUGGCUGCAGGUUUGACCUCGAGUCAGCCUGUCGAGAAGCUGCGAGCAUUGCCUCUUUGGUUGUCUCUGCAGUACCUUGGUCACAGUGGGAUCAUCCAAAAAAUAAGACACGCUACCAUGCUGAGUCAACAAUUGCUACAGAACCUCAAAUCUGUGAGCUCCAUCAAAACAUCGGAUGUGUUAGCGAUGGAGAUAACCCUCAUCGAUGCUUUGACCAUGGUGGAGGAUGAACUCCACUCUCCUGUGGUGCUGCUCAAGUAUUCUCAGGAAAUUACUGCAGCAUCCAGCAGUGGUUCAGUGGAUGCUUACUGUGCUGGGGAGAAGGAGGUACUCGAUGCAAUCAAUAGAUGGCUUGGCAAGCAGCUUGCCCAGAUGGUUCCUGCCAGUGGGGUCGAUGUUGUGGAGCUUGAAGAUGAAGGCACCUGUGUUCGGUUUAGCCCUCUCCUAACGGCUGCAGAUUUAGGAACUCAACCUGAGGAUGUUGACAAUCUGGUUAAGAAGUUGUUGGAGCUUGUUCCUUUGAUGACCUCCACAAUGUCCUCCAGACAGGACUUCAAAGAGGAGACCCACCAACGCUCACCCUACCUCAGAUACGUAGAAGAGCUUAGCUGGCCAGGCCUCGGAGCCGUCCGUUAUGAGCCUCAGGUGGAGGGAAUUGAUGAUAUCAGGAGAACAAAGGAAAUCAAGAAAAUAAACGCUGAACUGCUGAAGCAACUACAAGAGCUAGACACUGACAUAAUCUUCUCCACUGGCCCAGAGUUUGCCAAAGAGGAGGACUGCAUCUUUAUAAGCAUGGUGGCUGAUGACAUUGAUGUUUCAGAGCUCAUGGAAACAAUACUGACGCUAGGCCGCGACAUUGAAGAGAAUGGAAGACUACUGGAGAACAUGACGGAGGUGGUGAGGAAAGGCAUUCGGGAGGCAGAACUGGAGCUCUUAAAAGCCAAUGAUGAGAAACUCAUGGAAGAAGGCAUGUUGAGACAGCUUCCUUUGGUUGGCUCUGUUUUAAACUGGUUCUCUCCUGUACAAACUUCAAUUAAAGGGAGGACCUUCAGCCUGGCGGCAGGUUCUUUGGACUCCACAGAGGUGACAUACUCUACCAAGGCCCAGUCAGGCAGGCCUCCCUUGAAAGACUCUUCCACCUCAUCAUUGGAGAGACUGCAAGGUCAGAAGUUGUUUCGGCGCUCAGGUGCAGGCUCUGACUCCUUGAGUGAAUCCAGCUCAAUUGGACAAGCUGAGGGGUCAACCAGCAUCCACUCACCCUCUUUAAGUGUACCAGAGGUUGACUCUGCAUGUCAGUGCAUUCCAGAAGAAAUUCAGGACUCGUCUCAGCAGAAACAGCAUGGCCAGGUGGAGGACAAAGCAUUCUUGGAGGAGAGGAAGCUUGAAGGCCAAGAGGGCCAGCCAUCAUAAUGCUCUGUGGGAGAUUCCAAGGUCAUAAAGGCUUGAUUGUGGAAGGGAUGCUAAUUAAUUUGCAUGAGGAAAGAGCUACACAAAUGGGAUACAGCGUAUUAGAACAGUUCCGCUUGGUGCACUGCUGUGAUUGUAAUGCAGAAAAGCCUGACCGCAUGCAUGAUGAUUUUGGACACAUGCCAUUGCACAACACUAACUCUAUUCACACCAUACACAUAAAUGUCAUCUACCUUUGCUAUGUCUAUGCAAACCUAAUUGAGACACAAAUUACAAAUAAUGCUAUAGCAUAGAAAAUGAUAAAAAUUGUGUAUAUUUUACCAGAAUAUGGUAUUUUGGUGGGAGGAUCAGUAAAGGAUUAUUUUAAAAAUAUAACUUCAAAAUAUAUGCAACCACAUUGCAGCCAUAGCCACACUGAAGCAAAAACUUUAAUUGCUACACGACCCUCCAAAGCAUUUAUAUUUUCAUCAUGACCACAAGAAUAUGUUUUUGCAUUUACAGUUUUUUUUUUUUGUUGCAAAAGAUAUCCCACCUGACCUGGCUCAAAGUACUUAACAUUUAGCACAUGUCAUAGUCAUGGAUCAUGAUAUGGGAACUAAAAAUAGAAUAUACAAGGUGCGUGAGAAAAGUUCAUGGACUGGUGCCACAGAAGAUGGAAUUUAAACUACAAGUUUUCCCUUUCGAGGUAAUUCCCAUGGGCUCUCAAGUUUUUCCGAAUCACUUUUGUACAUUUCUUGAUCAUCCUCGGUGAAUUGUACAUGAUCUGCAUGGAUGUAGUAAAGCAUUUGAAAACGUCAAAAAAAAUGAAAAUUUGCCUUUUUUGAUGUGCACAAGUGACACAUGAUAGAUUGAACAAGUACUUUGGCAAUUUAAUAUCUGAUUUGCAAAAUGUACUAAAGUAAAUGAGAAGAACUAAUACACUUUACCAGUUUUCUCUGCCGUGGUUUCAUUUUCUCAUGGAAGGCACGUUGUCAUGGUGAAGCAUCCAUGAGUUGUCUUGCCGCACCUCUCACUUAGCAAACCACAGGAUCUCUUUGUAAAUGUACCAGUUGAUCUUCUGGCCAACAUUGAAAGGGAAAACUUGUAGUUUGAAAUAGAUCUUUUGUGUUACUUGUCAGGGAACUUUUGUGACCUUGUAUUCUAUCCUAAGGGGAUGUUGAGCUCAACGAUGCAAGAUAUUUUAAUGUCAUGUUCAUUUGCAAAUUAUACUUCACAAAAAAAGCUGGUAGAAAAUAUUACGUUCUGCAAAUGUUUAGAUUAUUAUCCAAUAUCAAAUUUUCAAUGUGGGAAAAGGCAUUUUUGGAAAUCUUGUUUAAAUUGGUGAUCAAUUGACAGUUUGUCAAUACCAAUUGGAAUUUGGUGAGAUUGAGAACUAGUCUGGCCUGGCAAACUUUUUUUUUUUUUUUAUACAUACCUUGCCAACUGUUAAAUGUAUAUCAAAGAAAAGUACCAGAUAAAGUCACACUGAAGUACUCUGAGCCAGGGCCUUCUGUAGUAUUGAGAUAAGAUAUUGAAGUACAAACUUUUGUGGUUAGAAAUACAUUGUGUUGGUAGAAUUAAGUUAUUGUGAUGAGAAUGAAAUUGAUUACAUUUACCUUAAUUGCACUUGUAAAUAAUUUCUUACAUGAUGUAAAUUAAACCCAUGCUUGAUUUCACAUCAGAUGAUGAUAAUGUAAAGUUGUGUCUCGAACUUUGUAACCUUCCAGUCUUUCAUGAAGAACCUUGAUUUAAUACAAUAUCCUAUAGACCAA